AUGCAUCAGAAGCUGCUCAAGAGCGCGCAUUACAUCGAGCUGGGCAGUUACCAGUACUGGCCGGUGCUGGUGCCCCGCGGCAUCCGCCUCUACACCUACGAGCAGAUCCCCGUGUCCCUCAAGGACAACCCGUACAUCACCGACGGCUACCGGGCCUACCUGCCCUCCCGGCUGUGCAUCAAAAGUUUGUUUAUUUUAUCUAAUGAGACAGUAAACAUUUGGAGUCAUUUGCUGGGUUUCUUUCUCUUCUUCACACUGGGAAUAUAUGACAUGACAUCUGUGUUACCUUCAGCAAGUGCAUCCAGAGAAGAUUUUGUAAUUUGUUCUAUUUGUCUUUUCUGCUUCCAGGUCUGUAUGCUUUGCUCUGUGGGCUAUCAUCUUUUUUCCUGCCAUCGAUCAGAAAAAACCUGUCGAAGAUGGAUGGCAUUAGAUUAUGCAGGAAUUUCAAUUGGAAUACUGGGCUGCUAUGUCUCUGGAGUAUUUUAUGCAUUUUAUUGUAAUAAUUAUUGGCGGCAGGUGUACCUGAUCACAGUGCUUGCUAUGAUCCUGGCAGUGUUCUUCGCGCAGAUCCAUCCCAGUUACCUCACUCAGCAGUGGCAGAGGCUGCGUUCCAUCAUCUUCUGUUCUGUUUCGGGAUAUGGCGUCAUUCCUACUCUUCACUGGGUUUGGCUCAAUGGAGGCAUAGGUGCUCCUAUUGUACAGGACUUUGCACCCCGUGUUGCUGUGAUGUACGUGAUCGCACUUCUUGCUUUCCUGUUCUACAUUUCCAAAGUUCCAGAGCGGUACUUUCCAGGACAACUAAACUACCUCGGAUCGAGCCACCAAAUCUGGCAUAUCCUUGCAGUAGUGAUGUUAUAUUGGUGGCACCAGUCAACAGUGUACGUCAUGCAGUACAGACACAGCAAGCCUUGCCCUGACUAUGUCUCCCAUUUGUGA